CCUUGGUUCGUGACGUUAGUUGUCUUGCGUUGAGAAACUGUGUGCAGGAAACGCCAGCCAUAGAAGAGAUCACGCUUUUUAACACGGUGGCACGGUACAAACAACGGAAAAUGUGCAACGCGUUAUAUUAUUAAUGUUCGGAAACGGCCGCUCUCUUCGGAUUCUUACCAGGACCUUCGGAGACGACCCUCGAAAGCGUUUCCGCCGAGGGAUUUGACAACUCCCACCCUCGAAAGAGCUGCCUUUCUGCGGUCUGAAAACAUCGGGUCGGCCAGCGGGUGGGUAGAGGAUUCGUGGAGAGGGGCUGUCUGUUUUCCGAAGCCAUGAGGGAGUAUAAAGUGGUCGUGUUGGGCUCGGGCGGCGUGGGUAAAUCUGCAUUGACUGUCCAGUUUGUGACGGGAUCCUUCAUUGAGAAAUACGACCCCACAAUAGAGGAUUUUUACCGAAAGGAGAUCGAGGUGGACUCGUCUCCCUCUGUUCUGGAGAUACUGGACACGGCGGGGACCGAACAGUUCGCCUCCAUGCGAGACCUGUACAUCAAAAACGGGCAGGGGUUUAUUUUGGUCUACAGUCUGGUCAACCAGCAGAGCUUCCAAGACAUCAAGGCGUUGAGGGAUCAAAUCAUCCGAGUGAAAAGAUACGAGCGAGUGCCCAUGGUAUUGGUUGGAAAUAAAGUGGACUUGGAAGGCGAGAGAGAGGUCUCUUCCGGGGAAGGCAAGGUGCUGGCUCAGGAGUGGAAUUGCCCGUUUAUGGAAACUUCUGCCAAAAAUAAAGGCUUGGUCGACGAACUGUUCGCAGAAAUCGUGAGACAGAUGAACUAUUCCUCUUUACCCAGCGGUGGAGAUCGCUGUUGUUCUUGUGUUCUUUUCUAGGAAAACAUCUUUAAGUUUGCAACUGUGAUUGUUAUCUAGCUAAGUAAAACUCAUUUAAAAAACAAGGCCUGUUUUGAUAACCUGUUGAUAACAAAAUUAUACGGCCUCUUUUUGAUAAUGCGACCGUCAGUAUUAUUGGAAAGUUAUUUGCACACAACAAUCGACGAUGACAACAAUUUAUAUUGAAAUAGCCUAAAAAGUGUUUACAUGACAAAGUACUUGAAUGUUUGAGAUUUAAAAAAAAAAAAAAUAUCACACAGCUUUGUAAUUGACACUUUUUCUGGAAACGUGCCUAACUGGGAAUGUCUUAUUGUAAAACCUAAGAGACGCUUUUUGUUCUGGAACUUUGGUGGGGUUUGAUUACUGUUGAGUUGUACUUUUUCAUGGUUUCUGGGCGGGUCCUUCUGGCCUGGAGAGGGAUUAGAGGAUUAGUCCCUUUGCUGAACAGGGAUUGGUCACUUUUUGUGUGGAUUCUGAUGGGCUCAAGGACCCCCCCCCCUCCCCUCCUCCUCCAUGCAAAAGCUCAUGUUUGGAUUUUUAGUGUCAAAUAAACCCCAAACUCUGUGAAUAUGCACUGGUCACUGGAACUAGCUUAAACCUGAGCAACUAAUUUAAAAUGACUAAACAUAACACAUAGUCUAAACAUCAAGAAAUUGUGUUUUACCUGCAGAAAAAAAGUCCUACCAAGAUGUGUUGUCAGGCCAUGGAGUGUUGUGGGUUGCUUUUUUUUGUGUUUUUCUUCAGGAUUUGGUAACGUUGGUUUUAACUUCCCCUGCCCAUCUCACUCUUCAAUGUGCACAAACAAGGUCCUUACUGAUGUGACAUGGGGAGGGGAAACAGGACACCAUGUCAAGUGCCUUCCUAAGAAAUACACCUGUGUCUGUAUGUGCCAACCAAGGAGCCCUACAAUCACAACAGUACUUUACCGUUUCAUUUUCAUUUCAGUUGGGCUCAUAGUGAAAGAGGCUUACUUCCGGGUUGUUCCGUUUGAUUUCAAUCACUUUUUGACCUCACUCCUUUUUGAUUACAACUCAAGUUUGUUUACGUUUGAUGUAAUUUAAAAGCUUAACAGGCUUGUCAAACUAUUAAAAAAACAAAAACAUUUUAAUGUCAAUUAUCUAAAACGUGUAAACCCCAAUUUACAUAUUCUGGGGUAUAUGUGUUGUGCCCGCCGCCAUCAGUUGAGACACAGCAUACUCUUAAAUACAGGUUGGGUGCCAUUUGAAUCUUUAGAAAUAGUUCCAUUCUAUGAAUUAUAUCCCUUCAGACCAGUGGAAUUUAGCUGGUGGUACACCAUUGAAAUUAACAUUUUUAUUUUUUUCACAAAGAUCCCCUCACCGGUCCACUCACCGUUGAAUGUCAACUUAAUUGGGAAUGUCUAUUAUGUAUAUUUCUAUGAUUUCAAUAGGUGUCACAUGGACUAUUGACAGUGUAAUUUCAAACAACUGAUAUUCUAAUUCAAGUCAACAUUUUUUGAUAUGUGGACAAAUCAUCUUUGUGGUACCAUUUGAAAGCUGAAAUUUCUGUUAUUCCCAUUUUAAUACAUUUAGCCAAAACAUAACACCCACCCUGUAUUCAAGAGCAUGCUGUGUCUCAACCAAUGGCAGGCGCAAUACAAACACCUCACAUUAUGUAAAAUAGGGUCUAUGCUAGUACAAAGGACACUGCCCUGUGUAGGGUGCCGUCUUUUGUAUGGAACGAUAAACGGGUGUCCUGACUCUGAGGUCAUUAAAGAUCCCAUGGCACUUAUCGUAAGAGUAGGGGUGUUAACCCCGGUGUCCUGGCUAAAAUUCCUAAUCUGGACCUCAAACCAUCACGGUCACCUAAUAAUCCCCAGUUUACAAUUGGCUCAUUCAUAAAAUAAAUAAAAUAUUUUUUAAAAUGCGAAAAAUGAAAAGGUUGAAGUUGAUGUGUUUUUAGAUAAUUAGUUAGAUAGUUUUAGAUAAAAGACAAAUGAAGAAAUUAUGAAAUAGUUUGACAACCCUGUUUGUAAGAUUUAAAAUGUUGUUAAACCCAGCUGUUUAUAUUUUCCAGUGAUGAAGACAUGGUGUUCAAAUCAAAAGGUGUACAGUCAAAAAGUGAUUUGAAAUAAAAUGUAAUGGCCCUUUUUGUCUUUUUCAGUGAGGAAGUUGAGGUGUAGAUGGAAUAACAGUUAUUUCAGUGCAAAGUUUGAGCUCUUUUUUUCCUCACACUGGUAUUCCUUCACUGAUAGUAUGAGCCCAAACAGCUUUAUGUUGUGGGUUCAGCAAAAAGUAAGCCAUGUUUGUUUUUAUCUUAGAAAUAGUUUCUUUCUGAAAUGUGAAUUCCUGAUUUCAAUUGUAAUUUUGACCCCAGACAAGCCUUUUACCACCCACUUGUCUGGAUUGAACAACUUUUAAUACAAAAGGCAUUUUAUGUAAA